AGAGAGAGCUUACUGUUCCGAUUUGCAGCUGUCACUGAAAAGUUGAGUUGCCGGCUAAACUCAAAUUCAAAAUUCAAAAUUCAAAUCACGGGUUUGAACCGAGGCUGGUGAAGCAGGGAGGCAAUCGUGAGUUCAAGCCAGGAACAUUGUAGAACGAAAUGAAAUACACGAGUACACGGGGUGGAUUGACUGGCGUGAAUUUUGAGCAGGUCCUUUUCUCUGGCUAUGCCCCAGAUGGGGGCCUUUUUAUGCCCGAAGAAAUCCCAAGCCUCGACACGGCCAUACUGCAGACAUGGAGCACUUACAGUUAUCCCCGGCUGGUUGAGGAGAUUUGUUCAUUGUUCAUUUCCAGAGAUGAUUUGCCAAGAGAAGAUUUAAAGGAUCUGAUUAGCCAGGCCUUCCAGAGAUUCCGACACAAGGACAUUGUGAAAUUAGCCAAACUGAAAAAUGAGCUGAAUGUGUUGGAGCUAUGGCAUGGUGUGACCUACGCUUUUAAGGACCUUGCAAUGUCAUGUGUGGGACAACUGCUGCAGUACUUUCUGCGAAAGAGACAGAAGCAUGUCACUAUUCUAGUCGGGACAUCAGGAGACACUGGCAGCUCUGCCAUUGAGAGCAUCCGAGGAAUGGAGAACAUGAAUAUCAUUGUGUUGCUUCCACAUGGCCGCUGCAGCCCGAUUCAGGAGCUACAGAUGACAACGGUUAUUGAAGAUAACGUCCAUGUUUUUGCAGUUGAUGGCACAAGUGACGAGUUGGACGAGCCAAUCCGGAAUGUGUUUGCUGACACUGAGUUUGUGAAGAAAUACAACAUAAUGAGCUUGAACUCCAUCAACUGGGCCCGUGUCAUGGUGCAGAUUGCACACUAUUUCUACGCUUACUUCCAGUGUAGCCCUUCCAUGCAGAACAUUCCCCUUCCUUUGGUGGAGGUAGUUGUACCAACAGGAGCAGCGGGCAACAUCACAGCUGGAAGUAUCGCUCAGAUGAUGGGUCUCCCAAUUCGAUUAGUUGCAGUGGUCAAUGAAAAUGACAUUAUUCACAGAACCAUUCAGAACGGUGACUUCUCCUUGGCUGAUUCAAUUAAAGCUUCCUUGGCACCAUCCAUUGACAUCCAGGAACCCUAUAACAUGGAGAGAAUAUUUUGGUUGUUGUCGGACAAGGAUAGCACCUUGAUCAAAAAGCUGAUGGAGGAAUUCCAGAAAAUGGGCAAAGCUAACAUGCCAGAAGUCUUGUCCACAAAGCUGGUGCAAACAUUUGAUUCAUGCACCGUGAAUGAUGACAGCGUGAUUGCAACUAUGCUGCGUUGUUGGAAGGAGAAUGAGUAUUUGCUUUGUCCUCACUCUGCUGUCGCUGUCGCAUACCAUUAUCAAGAAUUGGGCCUGGACACCAGGAGCGUUCCUAGAUGUUGCCUAGCAACUGCCACUGCUGCUAAGUUUCCAGAGGCUGUGCUGAAAGCUGGACUAACUCCGGAGAUUCCGCUUGAAAUCCGUGCUUUGGAGACCAUGGAUACACGGUGUACGGCAAUGAAGAUAGGAGAUGACUGGGAAAAGAUUCUCUACCAAAAAAUCGAGGAAAUUAAUGCAUUCAGAAAAACAUGAAUACCUUCCCAGAACAUGUCAAUGUCCUUGGUUUCACCAAACUAACAUUUGAUACCUCGAUAGUGGAAGGACACAUUCUCUAGUUCUGCAUGGGUGUGUUUAGAGUGUCCUGUCCAAAUCCCCACAGUGUUCCAAGAUCUCACUAGACCUGCUGUUGACAUGAGAUUAGGUUUGGAUGAACUAACUUAACAUAUUUGUCAGCUCAGCUUCUUCCCUGCUUGUUUGUUCCUGAUGGUACUCCGUCUUAUUUCCCUUGUCCUCAGGGAGUUCGUUAUUGCUGAAUUGAUGCUGACUGACAUUGAGGUUGUCAAUCACAGAAAACCUCCAGGCAACAUAUG